UCAGAUGUGAUCUCACCGGUGUCUUGACUGGUGGUUCGGAAGAGAAUCGCUGAUCUGAGAGCGACUCUACAUGUUCAGAGGGACAAACACACAUAUUGAUCUUCUUGAAAACAAGUGCUGCUGGAUUGAUGGGGGACCUGAGGCAGAAGAUCGGGGUCAUGUCGCAGACGAUUUGUCCGAGUUCACAAGCUCCAUCUGAAGAGGACCUAAAGGCCCCGAACGGUGGCAAAGCGGAGAAAAUGCAGAUGAAGAGGGAGAUUUCUCUGGUCAACGGGAUCUGCCUCAUCGUGGGCAACAUGAUCGGCUCGGGGAUUUUUGUUUCACCAAAGGGCGUCCUCAUGCACAGCGGCUCCUACGGCCUGUCGCUGCUGAUCUGGGCCCUGGGAGGCAUCUUCUCUGUGUUUGGAGCUCUGUGCUACGCGGAGCUGGGCACCACCAUCGCCAAGUCCGGCGCCAGCUACGCCUACAUCCUGGAGUCGUUCGGCGGCUUCCUGGCUUUCAUCCGUCUGUGGACGUCCAUCCUGCUGAUCGAGCCGGCCAGCCAGGCUGUGAUUUCGCUCACCUUCGCCAACUACCUGGUGGAGGUUUUCUACCCGACCUGCCAGCCGCCGUACGACGCGAUCCGCCUCAUCGCUGCAGCCUGCCUCUGUGUCCUCAUCUUCAUCAACUGUGCUUACGUGAAAUGGGGCACGCUGGUCCAGGACAUCUUCACUUACGCCAAACUCAUGUCGCUCUUCCUCAUCAUCGUCGUGGGAAUCCUGAAAAUGUCUGCUGGACAAACGAAGAGCUUUGAGAACUCGUUUGAAGGCUCCUCCACGGAUCCCGGAGCCAUCGCUCUGGCCCUCUACUCGGCUCUCUUCUCCUACUCCGGCUGGGAUACGCUCAACUUCGUCACGGAGGAGAUUCAGAAUCCAGAGAGAAACCUGCCCCUGGCCAUCGCCGUCUCCAUGCCCAUCGUGACCAUCAUCUACCUGCUGACCAACGUGGCGUAUUAUGUGGUCCUAGACAUGCCGUCUCUGCUGGCCAGCGACGCCGUUGCUGUGACGUUUGGAAACGCAGUGCUGGGUCCGUUCAAGUGGAUCAUCCCAGUGUCGGUGGCCAUGUCCUGCUACGGAGGGCUCAACGCUUCCAUCAUCGCUGCCUCUCGGCUGUUCUUCGUCGGAGCCAGAGAAGGCCACCUCCCCGACAGCCUGAGCCUGAUCCACCUGGAGCGCUACACGCCCAUACCGGCGCUGCUGUUCAACGGCUUGAUGGGCCUGAUCUUCCUGUGCGUGGAGGACGUGUUUCAGCUCAUCAACUACUUCAGCUUCAGCUACUGGCUCUACGUGGGUCUGUCGGUGGCCGGCCUCAUCUACCUGCGCAUCACUCAGCCGGACAGACACCGGCCUGUCAAGCUCACCCUGUUCUUCCCCUUCGUCUACUGCCUGUGCAGCCUGUUCCUGGUCAUCGUGCCGCUGUACGGAGACACCAUCAACUCCCUCAUAGGCAUCGGCAUCGCGCUCUCUGGGAUCCCGGUUUACUACGUCGCCAUCUACCUGCCUGAGGACAGGAGGCCACGAUUCAUACGCAAACUAAACUCCUUUGCCACCAGAUACACCCAGAUACUGCUCUACUGCUGCCUGACCGAGUUCGACUUCGAGGAGGAAACGCCGUCGGGCGGUAAAACGCAGUGACGGGCUUCACGAGUCCGACCGGAGGCCUCGGUCCUGGAGAACAAGGCCUCGCGUGGACGGAGCGGCGAGGCUCACAAUAUUUGUGAGGAUGACUUGUGCCAGGUCAAGUUAAAAAAAGAAAAACAGGCGACUUUCUCCUGUGACGCCAACACACUUUUCUACAGAGGAAUAUCUUCUAUGAGGAUUUGAAUGAAACUAUUGACAACACGUGUAGCUGCAGGUCACAGUUUAUGUGUGAGUGUUUCAUGUUAUUUAUUUACAACAUGUUAAGUUUGCAGAAGCACGUCUGACGCUGUUGUUCAUCAUCCAGGGAUAUUUUUAUUCAUACGUGAAUAACUGCAGAUAUAAACACCAUAAAAUUGUCCAUUUUAAGCAGAAGCUGUUUAAGUUUUUGCACAUUAUAUUUUCCUGAAGCUGUGUUUCCACACUGAGUGUGUUCGUUCUGACCGUUUUAAUUCAGCCGACCUUUACGGUGACACAGUCCUGAUGCUGCAGUUUAUCUGAUGUUUGUCUGCAAGUUUGGUUUUUGGAAGCAAAACGCUCCCUGGUGGAAAACUCCCUGAUUCGUCUUCACCAGGCUACAGCUUCAUCCUUCAUCGCUGUCAGACCAGCUCGACACAAACCAACCUCAGCUGCUCCAUCUAGAGGAAAACAGCAGAACUGAACUUCUGGUGCAGUCAGAGGAAGUUGGACUGAAUAAUGACUUUUGCCCUUAUUCACUAGAAACCAAACAAACUCUGGAUUUAAAUGAUUGAUAAAAUCUAGUUUUCUUAUUCAACUCUGAGUCAAAGCACUUUACCAGCUCAAUGCUUUUUAAAACGUGUCCUUGUGUUGUGUUUUUUUUACACGUGUUAGCGUUCAGCCAAUCACACUGGAUGUUCACGUUUAACUUUUGGCCUCUUUGACCAACGUGUGCUUUGUUUCUCCUCUUUAAUGAAACGGUAUAUUUUUAUAUCUAACCCUCUCUACCCGGCAUGAAACUGAGCUGUCCUUCUUUGUCAUGGACACUUUCUUUAUCAUUUUGUAUUUUGAUUAAACUGCAAAUGUUUUUUUUGCAUCA